GGAGGUGCAAAAUAAGGGGUGGGUCUUGUAGACUCUACAAAAUGGCUACAAGAUAUAGCCAGCUCAAUAUUGAUACUGAUACUCUGAAGCAGAAGACUGGGGUAACAGACACCCAGCUAGACCAAACAAUUGAGCAGGAACAAUUGUGGAGCCUGGCUGGUUUACUUGGCAGCUAUGAUAAGUUUGUUAGAAAGCCAGGGUUUGAUCUCAAUAAUGCCGAUAUAGCAGAUCUGAAGGAAUGUGCCUUUAGGAAUGGCUAUCAACUGGCCAUGUAUGAAGCUCUGAGAAAAUGGGAAAACAUAAUCCUUGACUUCACUUAUCGGUCGUUGUUGGAGAUUUUGAUUAGUCUUCGUGAAGGAGCUUUGGCUGACCAAGUGUGUAGGACUUUCAUCCAGACACAAGCCAGUGAGCCCAAUAAAGAAGACACUGUGUCUUUGUCACCUGCACCAGGUUCAGUAUACUUUGUAGUAUGGAUUCAAGCAUUAAUUUUUGUUUCUGUUACCAUAGAUAGAAUGAUAGGGCCACCAAUUCGUGACUCAGUUGAACCAAAUUUGACGACAGGCACUGCAACUGCUGACCACAUAAAAGAAUUUGAGACGAGGUUUAUGGUUCUUCAAAAGAUAGCUCUUAAAGAAAUAACUGAGAAACGAAUACCCGUGACUGAUUUCCGCCAAACACUCAUGAUAAUGCCAAGCUCUAUCAAAAAUGAAAACAAAGAUUUUAUCAAAUCAAACUAUUCCUUGUUUGAAAAAGCUAAAUCGAUUGAAAGCAUCUUUUUGGAGAUCAAUUUUUACAUAAGCUUUAUUGAUUUCAGCCUUCUUGAGCAUAUCAUAGAGCAAUUUGGUAGUGAUAGUCUGAAACAAGACAUGAGCACCUAUGCAGAAGACAUGAGACACUUCAGAAUGAACACCCCCGUUAGCGAAGCACUUGGCCAUCUUCCCAAAAAUUCAGAUGCUCCUGCUGGUUACUCUCGUCUAACAGUGAAGUUCGCUUUUGAUAUUCAUACUGCAACUCUUGAAGAUCUAGAGACGUACAGAAAACGUUUUGCUAGUGAUUUCUUGCUCUCCCAGCUAGCCCUUUCUUUGUUUGAUCUCCAGGAGAGCUCACUACUGGUUACAUGGCUAGUGCCUGCUGCUGUAGGAGCAAUGAUCAGUGAUCAAGUGCAGAAGAAAAGUUCUUCUUUCUUUUUAAACAACAGUAUUCUCAAACUAUCACUCGAAGGGGACUGUCUCUACCCAAUGGCAACGUUUAGUCAAUCAGGUAAAAGGGAUCUUAUGAUUGAAGCUGUAGCUGGAAAACCCGGUUUGACCUCUCUUGAACCACAUCAAAGGAAAGUUGUGAAGCCAACAAUCAACCUCGAACCUAAUCAUUGUGGACUGGCUAUUGUUGUACCAUCACACAUGACAACACACAUUCUCAUGGAGACUUUGAGAUUUGCUGUUUACGAGCCUCAAAAUAAACCAUCCCUGAUGUCAUACAUGCAAGUUGUAGAUCUUGUGGAGCUGAAACACCAUCCCAUAAUAGUGAUGGUAUAUGGACUUGGGCCAGGUAAUCUUCUACACACUCUUUGUGGCCUCAUCGACAUCAAGGAAGAUAUUAUGGCACCACUAUUCCCUCCUAUUGCCACACACCUUGCUGACAACCCAAAGAUAUUUUUGUUUAAUGCUUGUUUCGGCUCUUCUGAACACAGUGUUUUUCAGUUUAUUGAAGCAUCCUGGGAAAACUACAUUGUUGGUUAUAUUGCAUGUGAUUAUUUCUGGGUUACACGCAUCGUAGAGGACGAAUUGGCAUCCCCUUCUCUGUCCGUGCAAGAGAUCUUCACUUUAAUUAGCGACAAGCUUCCACCCCAUGCUACCAUGACUGUGAUCGACUGUCUCAAGGAGCCAGUCUACUUGUAUCCUCGUGGACCUGAGCUCAUAGAAACUCACAGCGAAUCACAAGAAUCAUCCGAGGAGUCCUAUCCACUUCUACGUGAACAAUCAAUGAACAAUCAAUCGUUGGGCUCAAUACACGUUUAUGGCAACACUGAACUGAUAUCCAAAAACAUCCACUGGAACCAUAGAUACUUGAACAAACUGCACUAAAACAACCAAAAGGAGCCCCCUCUCAACAAGCUGAGUCGAGUGAUGAACUACAAAUUAAUGAAGACUUAUGCUAUAUAAUUAUAAUUAUAUCUUUUAAUCAUAUUUUUGCACACAUUUUUAUUAUUGCAAGACAUGCAAUUGACAACAGCACAUGAAAUCAAACGACAAUAAUGAAACA